AUGCCGGGUCUUGUCUCUGUUAAAACCCCACCUGAUGCACCACCACUUAACAUUUCUGUCCCUGAGAUCCGACCCGAAUCUUCGACCCGAUCCGAACAACAACCCAGAACCCCAACUCCCAAAAAACCCCCAUCUCCUUCCCCAUCCCGAUCCAAACCUUCCCCUGCCCGCUCCGCCAAAAAACCCCCACCGGAUUCUCCCAACCCGAAUACUCUCCUCUCGGAUCCUUCCUUGGACAACCCCGAUCUUGGCCCGUUUCUCUUAAAGCUCGCCCGUGACACCAUUGCAUCCGGUGAAGGACCCAUUAAGGCCUUGGACUAUGCAAUUAGAGCAUCAAAUUCGUUUGAAAGAGUGGCAAUUGAGAAAGGAGAAGAGCCAAGUUUGGAUCUUGUUAUGAGUCUUCAUGUUUUGGGUGCAAUUUAUUGUAGCUUAGGGAGGUUUGAAGAGGCAGUGCCUGUUCUUGAAAGGGCCAUUAAAGUGCCUGAUUUGAGUAAAGGAAUAGAUCAUGCACUUGCUGGGUUUAGUGGGUAUAUGCAGUUGGGGGAUACUUAUUCAAUGUUGGGUCAAGUUGAUAAGUCUAUUGAGUGUUACGAGAAAGGUUUGCAGAUUCAGAUCGAGAGCUUGGGGGAGAUUGAUCCACGAGUUGGUGAGACUUGCAGAUACUUAGCUGAGGCACAUGUUCAAGCUAUGAACUUUGAUAAAGCUGAAGAAUUGUGCAAGAAAACUCUUGAUAUUCACCGUGCACAUAGUGAACCAGCAUCUAUUGAAGAAGCAGCUGACCGCAGGCUGAUGGCCCUUAUAUGCGAGGCAAAAGGAGACUAUGAAUCAGCACUUGAGCACCUUGUCCUUGCCAGCAUGGCAAUGAUUGCAAAUGGACAGGACAACGAGGUUGCUGCUAUUGAUGUAAGCAUUGGGAACAUUUACAUGUCUCUCUGUCGCUUUGAUGAGGCUGUCUUCUCAUAUCAGAAAGCACUCACUGUCUUCAAGUCAUCAAAGGGUGACAACCACCCUUCGGUUGCAUCUGUCUUUGUUCGGCUUGCUGACUUGUAUCAUAGGACAGGAAAACUCCGAGAGUCCAAGUCUUACUGUGAAAAUGCUCUGAGGAUAUAUGCGAAACCUGUGCCAGGAACCACAGCAGAAGAGAUUGCUGGGGGGUUGACUGAGAUUUCAGCCAUUUUUGAGUCUGUGGAUGAGCCUGAGGAGGCAUUGAAGCUCUUGCAAAAGGCAAUGAAGUUGUUGGAGGAUAAACCAGGACAGCAAAGUACUAUUGCAGGAAUCGAAGCUCGAAUGGGAGUGAUGUUUUACAUGGUUGGGAGAUAUGAAGAAGCAAGGAACUCAUUUGAGAGUGCUGUAACAAAACUUAGAAGUAGUGGUGAGAGGAAAUCGGCCUUCUUUGGGGUUGUGCUGAACCAGAUGGGAUUGGCUUGUGUCCAGCUGUUUAAAAUAGAUGAGGCUUGCGACUUAUUUGAAGAGGCAAGGGGGAUACUGGAACAGGAGUGUGGCCCAUGCCAUCAAGAUACGAUUGGAGUAUAUAGCAAUCUUGCAGCAACCUAUGAUGCUAUGGGGAGAGUUGAAGAUGCAAUAGAGAUCUUGGAGUAUGUUCUAAAGCUGAGAGAAGAAAAGCUUGGAAUUGCAAAUCCUGAUUUUGAAGACGAGAAGAGUAGGCUAGCUGAGCUCCUGAAAGAAGCAGGCAGGGCUCGUAACAAAAAGGCAAAAUCAUUGGAGAAUCUUAUUGAUCCUAAUUCAAGGAGGACCAAGAAAGAAUCAACGAAGAAGUGGGGUUUUAGAAUUUGA